AUGUGAUGUAAUAAUAAUAAUAUUAAUAUUUACUGUUAAAUGUGUGGACAAUAUUGUAAUCAUUUAUAAUAAUUUCAUAAUAAUUAAAGCCGUGAUUACAGUGAUUGUAAUAAUUGAUUACAUGUUUUACUAAUAAAUAAAUAAAUAAAACGAUAAAAACAAUGACAAAACUGAUGCAAUGGUUGUCCGCUGGACUAAUGUUUGUUGGAUUGUGGGCACCGAUACUACUCGGUUGGACACCUGUCCCCGUGACCACCAAUGACACACUUCGGCUACACGUAUGGCUAACGCCGGUAUAUCUUGUGCUGGCCUUUGGUUUGGUGUCGGCCGCUAUUGUCAUGUAUCGGGUAAUGACAUUCAACGACUGUCCCGACGCUUACAAAGAGCUUAAACAUCAGAUCACUGAAGCACAGGACGACCUCAGGAGGAAAGGCUUCAAAUUUGAAUGACUGUCCCAUCGGUUGCUAUGUGUUUGGAUAAGACAUUAAUUUUUUWWWAUUAUUUAUAUGAUAUGUUUUUUAU